CUGCAACGUAGCUGCCAAAGCCAACAAGGACUGCGCAUCGGAAUUUUCGGCACAACAAAACGUGUUGGAAACAAAGAUCAAACCCGUAGUCGAACGUUUUCUCCUGUCGGUAAAAGUUGUGAGGCUGUGAGCUAUGCCUGAAUCCAGGAAACUCGUGUUACUGGCGGGGGUUUUUCUGUUGACGCUGGUAAAUCUGACGCAAAGUGGGCCAAUAGCAUUGAGGACUCCUGAAGACUGGGAUAACGCGCCCUCAUUUGGCGACCGGUUACUUAGAAAACGUUCACCCACUGUGAGCGAACGUCCGGGAUGUAAAGAGGGAGCAACAAUACCACCUAAUCGUGUCAACACGACGAAACGACUCAUCGAUCUCCGCAUACAAAUGGACUUGUAUAAUAUAUCGGCCUAUAUCGUCACUAGUGAUAAUGCUCAUCAGGGUGAAGAGGUCGCACCGCACGAUCACAGACGGGAGUUCAUUUGCGGUCUCAGUGGAAGCUCCGGUACAGCCGUAAUCACCAAAGAUGCCGCUGCUGUUUGGACAGACGGACGUUACUUUUUGCAAGCCGAAAAUGAACUUGACUGCAACUGGAUCUUGAUGAAGGAUGGUGAAGCUGGGGUACCAAACAUCACUGCGUGGCUGCGAGAAGUCUUGAAAACUGAUGAAAAAGUAGCGGCUGAUCCAACAUUAAUCGGCACUACCACUUGGCAGAGAUACGACAAAGAUCUUGCGCCCAUAGAGUUUGAACCGUUGCCAACUAACUUAAUCGACGUGAUAUGGACAACCGGUCGUCCGCCAGUCAACACUGAACCGGGCUUUAUUCUUCACUUGAAUUAUUCCGGUGAGUCGUGGCAAGAUAAAGUGGACAGGCUGAGAGCAGAGCUCCCGAAGCAAGGGGCCGACGCUCUGGUCAUAACCGCUCUGGACGAAGUGGCUUGGUUGCUAAAUAUCAGAGGAUCUGAUGUACCCAAUCACCCUGUUUUACUGGCCUACAUGUACGUUUCAUCCACUCAGCUAGUGUUGUUUGCCGAAACGAGCAAGAUUAGCAGUCCCGAGAUGCAAACACACCUAACCGGAGUCACACAGCGACCUUACGACCGAUUCGUCGCUGAAUUACCCGAUUUAGCAAAAUCAGCUAGCAUGGUUCUCAUUCCAAGUCAAUUCGUGUACACGGGUGGCGCAAGUUAUGCCGUUUACAAUGCUAUACCAGAGACGAAGAGAUUGCUGAAACCCUCUCCGGUGUUGAUGAUGAAAGCCAAGAAGAACACAGUUGAAGCCGAAGGAAUGAUGAACGCCCAUUUGAAAGACGCGGUAGCCCUCUGCGAUGUCAUCUCUUUAAUGGUUGAAGAGAUACCGAAAGGUGUACGCUGGGAUGAACUGAAAGUAAGCGCGGAACUGCUCAAAUAUCGAGCUCAACAGGAAGUCAAUAAAGGCGCAAGUUUCAACACGAUUGCUGGAUACGGCCCCAACGGUGCUAUUAUUCACUAUUCUGCGUCGGAAGAGACAAACGCAGUAAUUGGAACCACCAGUUUGUUCCUAUUAGAUUCGGGUGGACAAUAUUUUGAUGGUACAACUGAUGUAACCCGGACCCUGCACUUUGGAACGCCAACUGCUGCGCAAAUAAAAGCUUACACGCUGGUUCUCAUGGGUCAUUUAGACCUUGCCCGGCUCGUCUUUCCAAAAACGACUAGAGACGCACGCGUUGAUGUACUCGCCCGAGCUCCACUUUUCGAUCAGGGCUUGGAUUAUCUUCACGGCACUGGGCAUGGAAUUGGGCACUUUGGAAGUAUCCAUGAAAGUCCAACUCGUGUGGCUCUGGGCAGCUCAGUGGAAAACACAUUCUUUGAGAACUACUUUUUUUCGGAUGAACCUGGCUAUUACAAGGCAGGAGAUUUCGGUAUACGUAUUGAAAGCAUUCUUCGUGUGAUCCCCACCACUUUUUCGACGGAAUUCCCAGAUCGAUUUUUCCGCUUCCAGGCUGUUACUUUGGUGCCUUUUGAACGGAAACUGAUUGACGUUACGAUGCUGAGUGAUGGCCAGAUUGAUUACGUUAACGAUUACUACAUUCUCGUUCGACAAAAAGUGGGAGCAGAAAUGACCAAACAAAAUAGAACCAGAGCUUACAAUUGGCUCAUUAGCCAAACAGAGCCUUUGAUGUUACCAGAGCCUGUUAACAAAGGUGUUUCCAUAGCAAACAAACAAGUUUGGGUUGGGAUUUGGACACAGCUUUUCAUUUCAAUGUUUGUUGUCUUCAAAUUCUAUUAAGCAGGGUUAGACACUGUAUCGAAAAUAAAUUUUAUGUUGUCACAUGUA